AUGGAUAGUGGCAAUGAAUCGUCGGCGGCGAUGCAACCACCGUUGAAUGUGACUACGGUGAAGCGGGAAGAUCUCGUCGAGUACAUACAAUCCACAGCGGCACCGCUUUUCGGGGCCAAAAAAGGACACGAUGAGUUAUCGAUGAUUCUGCAGGCUUCGGACGCAAUUGAUCGUUUCAUCGCCGACGCCAAGACGAAUGUACUUGUCAUUGAGCGUUCUUUCUACAAAGAAGUCACUGAUGCGGAGGGUGAAAGCGAGCAAGGAGAAGACAGUGUGAUGUUCUCGGUGCGAAACGUUGUCCUUUUUCGAAACGAACGAAGUACAUCCAUCAUCUAUAUUCGACGAGGGACGGUGAUCGAGGCCGAGAAGCCGAUUUCGGAUCAAACGCAAGUGCUUGUGCUGAGCGACGGAAGCCCCUACGAAACUUUAUGGGCAAUCAUCGGAAAAGCCGUUACUCCAUACUUCAAGUCGUUCAUCCGAGAAAGUGGCCGUGGAGAUCGAGACGGUGACAAGUUGGCGCCAGCAGUCGAGAAGAAUCUCAACGAGGCCGAAGUCGCACUUCUCCAUUUGCAACAAAACAUCGACAUCCCGGAGAUCAACCUCAUCAUUAAUCCGCACAUUCAACAGGCCAUCCAACUGGCGAUUGAUCAGGGACGACGUGCAAAGAUUGAGGACCUCGGAAAUUUGAUUGAGGACACCGACUUCUUGAAUGCUCUACAAAGUGGUGUCGGUCGUUGGAUCAAAGAGAUUCAAAAGGUGACGAAGUUGGAACGUGAUCCUGCUUCCGGCUCUUCACUUCAAGAGAUGAACUUCUGGCUGAACUUGGAACGAGCUUUGCAGAAGAUUCAGCAAAAGCGUGAAAGCGAUGAGGUGCAAUUCACUUUGGAGGCGUUGAAAGCCGGAAAACGAUUUUACGCAUUGGUCUCAUUCGACUCGGACACAGGAUUGAAGCCAGCUAUUGCACAAGUUACUGAUUGCAACCUUUUGAUGAAGGAGAUGCCAUUGAAUGAAAUCGUCUCGGCUACGGAUCUUAUUGCCCUCCGUGAGGCUAUUGGAAAUGUUUUCACUCAUCUCAAGAAGCUUCGAUCAACAAAGUAUCCAAUUGGACGGGCCCUUCGUUUUCUGGAAGCGAUCUCCCGGGAUUUGAACACACAGAUGAUCAAGAUAUUGAGUACAAGACGAUUAAUGCAUAUCUCGAUCAAGGAGUUUGACCACAUUAUCAAGGAGGUGUUUGAAGUGUUCGCCAAAUGGGACGAUGAAUAUGAUCGAUUGCUUUACUUGCUGCGUGAUUUGUCGAAGAAGAAACGAGACGAGAACACGAAGCUUUCCUUCAAGACCAACCCGGUGCAUAAGAAGUUCGAGCGUCGAAUGACGAAUAUUUUUUUUUUCCGAAGACAACACGAUCAAUUCCGUUCGGUCAUUGAGAGAGUGCUCUGCCGACGACAAAAGUUGAGCGAAGGACUUCUACAGGGGAAAAGUGCGGCUCUCGAAUUGAAAGAUUCGACGGCAAUUGAGCUGAUCGAUCGAGCGUACGAUUACGUCAAAGAAGCUGACUGCUUGGAUGUUUCGCCUGAAGGGAACGCUUCGUGGGAUGCUGCCCGAAAUAGAUACGAGGAACAAGUUAAACGCGUGGAGAACGACAUCACUGCUUGUCUUCGAGACCAACUUGGAGCAGCAAAGAACGCAAAAGAAAUGUUCUCCAUCUUCUCCCGCUACAACGCUUUGUUCGUCCGUCCACAUAUUCGAGGUGCUAUUCGAGCAUAUCAGACUCAAUUGAUCGACAAGGUCAAGGAAAGCAUCACCGAGUUGCAGGAGAUCUUUGCAGCGAAGAAAAACGAUCAACGCCAUCACGAUCAAUUGACUUCUCUUUUCGACAUUCAACCGCUCUCCGCUCGUAUCACCUUUGUGCGGAACAUCGAGAACAAGCUAAACGAUUUGAUGAAGAAAGUGGAAUAUGUUCUUGGCAAGGGAUGGGAAAAUCACGUUGAAGGCCAACAACUGAAGAAAGAAAGCGACAAUUUCGGCAAGAAGCUUGAUGUCCAACCGAUGCUCGACGAAUGGAUCAAGCAAAUGCACGAGAAAACCAUUUCCGCAUCGGCACGCUUGUUCUUGGUGGAGAAGCGAAGCAAGGAUGGAAAACCAUUGUCAAUUCUAAAGGUGAGCUUCCAGUUGCUCAUCGCCUCUUCAAGAAAAGAAGUUCAAUCGAUUCUACUUGAGGGUGCUCAACUUUCGUGGGAGUCAUACAAGCUCGAGCCAUACGUCACCAAGAUUCAUCAAGCGGUCAACAAAUACAGCGAGAACGAAUCGGAAGAAAUCGAUGACUACAAAGAGCAAAACAUUCAACUUCCACAUGUGCAGCCGGUUUGCAUUGAGAUUCGAUUGACAGCACAAACAAUCUACGUAUCGCCAUCGAUUGAACAAGCACGAGCCCGCCUUUUGGAACAACUUUUCGACUGGCAAUCGAUUGUCACUUUGCAACCGAGAGUCUCGAGCACUCGCUUCCAGUUGGCGAUGAAUUCUGACACCUUGGAGAAGACGUACAAAGAUGUGUUGUCAGCUUUGCCUGGAGGACUAAGCGUUCUUGAGUUGGCGUAUUCGACAGUUGAUGCAAUCAUGAAAAAAGUGGAAGACUACGUCGGUGAAUGGCUCCGUUAUCAAGCACUCUGGGAUCUUCAAGCUGAGGAAACUCAAAAGAGAAUCUUCCCCGUGAUCAUCGAUUAUGUGAAGGUGCAAAGCAAGGUCACACUCAAGUACGACUAUUGGCACAAGGAGGUUCUGCAGAAGUUCGGAAACGUUCUGGGACAAGAAAUGCAAACAUUCUUCGGAAACAUCUCGAAGUGGCGCGGCGAAUUAGAGAAUCAGAGUGUCGACUCCGGGUCAACGAAUGACGCCGUUCAAUUGAUCACCUACGUGCAAAUGCUCAAGAAACAGACGAAAUCUGGACAAGAACAUGUCGAUCAGUUCCGGAACGCUCAACGAUUGCUCAGCCAACAUGUUGACGGUGAAUGGGGUGCUCUGCAAGACAUUUUGAUGCGCAAGGACUCGUCUAUCCAAAAUCAGGUUGCCAAUCUGCAAAGCAAAAUCAAGGAGGAAGAUGAGCUUGUCGAGAAGCGGACGGUUGAAACGUUGCAAGAUUGGGAACGAUCACGGCCAAUUGAAGGUGGACAAAGACCAGCCGAUGCGUUGACUCUACUCACCAAUUUUGAGCAACGGAUGGGGAAAUUACAGGAAGACCGCGAAAAGAUGAAAAAGGCACGUUUGGCUUUGGACAUGACAGAGAACACUGGUGUGCCGGCGGAAGCUGAUCGACUUGUUGUCGCCUUAGAAGAGCUGAACGACCUCAAGGGCGUAUGGGAGGCCUUGAAACCGUUGUACACUAAAGUCGACGAAAUGAAGGACAAGACCUGGUUGAGUGUGCAGCCAAGAAAACUCCGAGAAAGCCUUGACGAGUUGUCACAAAAGCUCAAAGGACUUCCCGUCAAAUACAAGACCUACAAGAGCUACGAAAGUGCCAAGGAGUUGAUGCAAAAUUACUCGAAGAUGAACAUGUUAAUCACGGAGUUGAAGUCGGAGGCGCUGAAAGAAAGGCAUUGGCGUUUGUUGAUGAAAGAACUUCACGUCAAUUGGAAUCUGCAAGAUUUGACUCUUGGCCAAAUCUGGGAUGCAGACAUUCAACGACAUGAAAGUGCUAUCAAGCAAAUUUUGUUGGUGGCCCAGGGAGAAUUAGCACGGGAAGAGUUCUGGAAACAGCAAAUUCUGCAAGGUCAACCACAUCGGUACAAUCGUGUUCUGUCCACUCUGACCUCAAUCUCGGAUCCAACAUUCCCGCAAAUCAAUUUGGAUCACUUCUAUGGCUACACGCCGGCUGGACAAACGAGAUGGGUCUCUUCACAACAGGUGGACACGGUCGGACUACAAGAUCCUUCUCGGCGAUACUCGUCCUCUGUCCAAAAUCUCGUAUCCAACAUUCCCGCAAAUCAAUUUGGAUCACAGGACGCUACAAUGGUUCAGCAAAGUCGGAAUGUGAAGAAUGGUCCGUUGGCUGAGCUUGUGCAUGGCAAAUUCCUCUCCGCACAACACCUGAAUUUGGUUGAACAACGAGAAACGGUUGCUUCAUCUCCCAUGAAGAGAGCCAGACAUCAUCUGAAAUUCUCAAAUCUUCCACCGGGGUUUUCCGUCAAAGAUGUGAUUCAGAAUAUUCUCGGCACGGAUAAAAUGCUCGUCAUUUGGCAUGGAAGGCCGGAUAUCCGUCUCCUACGUGAUGAAAAUAGUGGCUCUCCCUAUUGUAUUGCUCAAUUCAUCAACGAAAGGAAAGCUAAAAAGAUUCGUGUCUUCUGGAACGGGACAGAGAUCGUGAAAGGCCAAGGAAAGCUGAUCAUCGAAUACUUUAACGACUAC